AUGCUGUCCAACUCUACUGAUCUCCCUACUCCAAUCGCGACACCCACCGCGACACCAACCCCGACACCCACCGCGGAACCCAUCGCGACACCCACCGCGACACCUACUUCCGCCCGCAUUAGCCUAAACACUGGAGAGGUCACCACAGGUACAUCAACCAGCACUAGCCUAUCUACUGGGGCGAGAGCGGGAAUCGGGGUUGGAGCUGCGAUCGGUAUUAUCCUGUUACUUGCUCUUGCGGGUUGGUUUGGUUUCCGACGGAAACAGCGCCAGGGGGCUAGGGCUACUGCCGUUCCUAAACAAGGGUUAGACGAGAGGACCAUUUACGACCUACGGCCAGCUGAAUUACCUGUCGGUCGGGAUAAAGCGUUUACGUAUGAAAGAUCUGAAUUACCGGCUGAUCAGCAGGGGCAUAAAUCAGCGAAAUCAGAACUAGCCUGGAAGAAGGGCGGAUGCUUAAAGGCUCCCCCGGAUACCGUGACAGGGCGAUGGGAGAACCGGAAAGCAUUCGUCCGGGAGCCAUGGCGCCCACCUCCAGAGGUGUUUAUUGACAACCGCGAAACUGCUGUUCAGAAGCACAAAGAGAUCACGUCCCUAGCUGCACGGCUUUUGGUCAUCUACACCGAUGGAAGUGGCUAUGAGGGCCUGAUUGGUGCUGCGAUGAUUGUCGACUUAGACAAUCAGCACCGACUCUCCCAGAUGGGAAUAGACGACAUGUCGACUGUAUACGCCGCAGAACUCCGAGCGAUUGAAAUGGCUCUAGACUACGUCCGGAACACCCAAGAAAUCAACAACGGGGUGGUAAUCUUUUAA